GCAUCGCACCUCCUCCGCGAGCGAGCAUCACACAUCGAACGGCCCUCGAAUCGAACGUCCGGCUAGGAAUCUAGCUCAUCGCUCUGAUGCCCGAGGCCGAACAAACUAACAACGGGGACUAUGAAUUUCUCCAGUAUCAUACUUUCAAAGCGGUCGAUGAUGAUAGACUCAUGUCAUGGACAGGUGGAUCUGGCCGCAUAGGUGUCGGUGUAAGAGAAAUCACCCCUCAGAAUACGGAUAGCGACACAGAGGACAUGCUUCUUCCUGGGGGGCGCGGUAUGCUCGUGAUGGACAUGAAUUUCAAAUUAGUCCGAAAGGCUUAGUAACGAGUAUAAGCUUCUGUGUAUAUGUACUUAAUCAUUGGGGUGGAGCGGGGUAGGUCCCUGUGGACUGUGCGUUUUAUUGCACAUUUGAUUGCUCGAUCUUCUGCUCGGUCGAUCUUCCGCUCAACCCUGGCCCUGGUAACUACGCACUGGACUGCAUGACGCCCAGCUCCACCCCACCGAUUGUGCGUCCGACUGCACGAGUGGCUGCUCGGCCUACUCUUUGACGGGCCAUUUCACGAAGUGUGCUCACGUCGGAGGCCCCGGUGCCCCGUCGCCCACUAUCCUCCAAUAAGGUCCAUUGAUGGCGCUGAGAUGAGGACCAGAGACAUCAAAUGAUGAAAUGCUUUAAUGCUCAAAAUUAUAUAGCAUGUUACGCCCGACGCGGUC